AAAGUAAUUUCCCUUGUGGAGCCAAUCUCAACGUGAAGAGCUUUUGUCUAUUUAAUUUUAAGUGGAAAAAUACAAUAAAAUUAUUAUUAUGACUACCAGAUCUAAACUUGAUUCAAAGAAGGUAAAUUAUACAAAAAAUGAAAGAGGAAACACUCUUCUGUUACAUUUUGCAAUCAGUAAUACUCAUUAAUAUUCUCUUUAUACAAUUUAGAUGUGUGAAAAAUUAUAAAAAUAUGUUUUUUAGUGUGCAGUGUGAUGAAUGACAGAACUGAGAAUAUAAAAAAAAAACAACAACAAAACAAGAGACUGAGGCGGAAUCUGUAAUAAAAAGAUAAAAGCUAAACGUUUAUUUCAGUUAAUUAAACAUUAACCUUUUAUAAAAAAAUUUCUGAAGAGAAGAUGAUUAGUCCCUGUCAACUACACAUCUCAAUCUGGCUCAUUUGCUGCUUGAUUUUUUUACCAAUUUACAGUAAAUUUACAUUCCUAAAUUAAGUCAACUGAGUACAUGAUACAGUAAGUUGCAUCAUGACUCAUGACAUUUCCAAAUUUUGUCCCUUUAUAUCUGAUCUUAGCUAUUCUUUCCACCUCUUAGUCUUGAUAUUGAUAUCAUUCAAGAUCCAUUCUGCUUGCUAGGGUCUGGAUUGAAUUGGGAAGUGUACUGUAGUAUUGCUUGCUUUCAUAACUUUAUAUUGUUCAGUGAUUGUGGAUUCCAUUGCAGAGGCUCUCUAGUAAUAAUUUGAAUCAUUUCCUCUGUAAUUCCAAAACAUGCCCAUGACCACUUACAAGUCCAGUUUCUAAUGAUUAAUUCCUAAUUUUUCCAAUCCAUGACCAUGCCAUAUGGCUGAUAUGGGGAAUAUGGCAUAUGCACAUAUGAAAAUGAUCUUGAGUCACCGAACAAAGGAUAAAUAAUGAAGCAACAGAGGCAGAGCAUGCACAAAUAUUUUUUCGAAUGCCUUUGCCUUUGAAUUUUAAAAUUCCUUUUUAAAGUAAUUUUAGACAUAGAUCUAAUUUUUUAAGUUAAAUACCGUAUUUAUUGGCGUAUAACACACACUUUUUCUCCCCGAAAAUAGGGGGCAAAUCAUGUGUGCAUGUUAUACGCCGAUGUAAUGUUAAGUUUUUUUUCCUGAAAUUUCCUUCAUAAAUUGAGGUGCGUGUUAUACGUGGGAGCAUGUUAUACGCUAAUAAAUACAGUAUUUCUCCAUUUCUUAAUUUGCUUUUUCAUACUCUUUAGAUUUAGAUAAGAAAAUUUAAAAAUGUAAAAUAAUAAAUAAUGACACAUUAAAUAAGAAAACAUAUUUGAAAAUGCAACAGAUUGAUCAAUCUGUAUAAGUUAUCUAAUAAAAAAAAAAUAAUAUUUGCAUCACAGGUUUCUGAAUUCAUUGAACAGUUCAAAAAAGAGGUAAGUAUAAUUGUUAAACAUUGUAAUGAUUAUUUUCCUUUAGUUAUCUAUUACUACUAAGGCUUCAAAGAUUGAAAAAAAAAUCUUUAGGCCUACUAGUGUUAAUUAAAUUAUUUGAAGUUUUAAAAAAUGUUCCACUAUCUAAAAUUUUAAAUAUUCAGGUUUCUUGCUUCCUCAGUCAGAACAACUUGUACGUGAGACUUUCCCACACAAGGUUUUAGAGAUAGAUGCUCUGUUCAAGGUGAUUUUUAAAAACAUUUGAUUGUUUCCAUUUUCAAUUUUUAAAUUAUUUUUAAAAUUCCUUACAUAGCAUAACAUAUUAAUCUGCUUCACUUUCUCCACCGACACAUGUAUAUUAACUAAACAGAAAUAUGACCUAUUUUUACUCUUUUCUUUUAAUUGUUGUUUUUCCUUGAUGACGAUGUAAAACUAUGUAAUGAAUUGGAUAAAUAAAACAUAUCUUUCAAAUAAAUGGCUUACUUUACAUGCUGUGUAAUGAACAGUAAAAAUACUGUGUGUGUUAUUAAUUUAUUUUAGCAAGUUAAAGCUGAAGAUCCAAAAGAUGUAGAACAGCAAGCAGACAUUCCUUAUCCUGUACCUCUUGAGGAUGCUGGUACUGAGAAUAAUUCAUCAGAGGUACUGAAAUCUGCUUAUUGAAAUGAAAGCACAAUUUACUCUUUCAGCCAUUAGGAUGUUAACUAAAAGUGAUACAAAAGUACUUACCAUAUAUACCUGUGUAUAGAUCGCACAUUUUACCUAAACUUUUAUUUAAAAAAAAAACAGGGGUGCAACCAAUUUACUUGACAUUAAUUUCACUUACUUUUUUUUUCAAGGUGGGUUAGUCAUUUAUUAAAGAUCAAAUAUUUUAUGAUGAUGAUGAUCUUUUCAGGUUUCAAGUUGUUAUUGAAACAUUUGUGAAAAAAUAGUUAAACAAAUAUUAGUUAUGUUUACGUUAAAAUUUAAAUUCCAAAAACUUACGGGGCAACCUAUAUGCUUGUCAACUUCAAAUAACAACUUUGGCAACACCAAACUAAAGGGGUGAACUAUCCACGGGUGUGACUUAUACCUAAAUAUAUACAAUAAGUUUUAGAAUUUUCAUUACAUUAAAAAAUGAAGUAUGGAAAAAUUAAAAAAUGCCCAAAUAUUUAAUACAGAAAUGAUAUUGAAUAAAACACAAACAUAUCAGAAAACUGCACCCCCCCCCCUGGAAUUUAUUUAAAUUUGUUAUUUAGUAAUAUUAUUAUUAUGCUUUAAAAAAUCUGAAAGUAUCAAUCUAUAUUUUCUUCUUUUCCAGCCUAACUCCAAAAAAAGGAAAGUUGAGGUGGAUGUCAAUAAUCACAGCUCAAAUGUUUUAGGUAAUACAUUUUGUAAUCAGUUUCUAUAUAUAUCAUUAUAAUAUGUUAUUUUGCUGAUGCUAUUAAUUGUAUGAAUUACUUAUAUAAAUAAAAUAUCACUAUCAAUUAUUGAAAUAUCUGUAGGUACACGAGUGCUUGUAUUUCCUGGUGGUGCAAUUCCAUACAACAAAUUUGUUCAUAACUACUGUGAAAAAGCAAAGCCAUUGAUGCGUGGGCUUAUGGAGCAUGCAAAUAUGGUGGGUCUACCAAUGGAUUUUAAGAUUGAAGAAUACAAAAAUAAUAUGAAUAAAAAUUUAUACUGUUAUAAAAUUGAAAAAAAUAAACAAUUUCAAAUUUUAUUAACUGCUGGAUUUAAAAAUUUUUUUUUCAAGGUCAGAAUGUGGAUAAAUUUCCUGAUCCCUAAAAUUGAAGAUGGAAACAACUUCGGGGUUUCAAUACAGGUAGUUUUUUUUUAUAUUUAAACAAAUUUAUUGUUUAACUGGUGAAGUACCACAAGCCGCUGGUAGCGCUAAACAUUCCUACUGUCGUGGCCAGGUGCUGCUGUGAGCAUCAUGGCCUGUCUUAUAGUAAAACUAGUAUUAUAUUUACAUUCUUACUUUUGUUUUGGUUCAAGAUCUUAAUUUACCAACAGGAAGUUAAUUAAGCAACUACAUGCGAUUGCUAGAAUGUAAACAAAAAAAUUUAUUUUUUGGUCAUAUUUAUCGUAUUUGAGGAUAUUUAGCAAGUUUUUUUUUCAUAGCAACUAGUGAUAUGUUUUCAUGGCAACUGGCUAUAAAGUUACCAAAUCAAACAUACUGUAAAUAAGUUGGUGAAAUGUCAAUUCAAUUGUGGAUUUGUCUAAACUUGGAAACCUUUUCUAAUUUGGUGUAGAGGUGAUUACAUAAAUUAUUAGAAGUGUACAUAAUAAUUUAAUGCUUUUCUCUUGUAAAUAAUAAUUUAUCACAAAAAUUUGCUUUAGAUUUAUUUUAAUGAAUAUUAAUUUAUCUACAAAAUUGUAUAUUACUUAUAAAAAUUAUAAUACUGUUAAUUAACCCACGAACUGUAGUCGGAAAAAUCGGCAGACUUUCUCGUUCUGUACUGUGACAGAUUAAAAAACACGGUCUGAUAGCAACUUCCAAUCCAAUAUUAAACCAGAAUUAUAGCCACUUCCUUUUAUUAAUAAUUAAAUCAUCUUCCGGUUCAAGCUGCUUCGUGAUGACUUGAAAAUAAAUACUUUUUAAUCAGAGUUUUAUAUCACUGUUUUUUUUAAAGCUAAAAUGGUUGAAGCCAUGGCUGGGCCUUCAGUGCAAGAACUAAUAGAAAUAUGUUUGAAAGCUUUUUAGGUGAGGUUUUAAGUGAUACUGGUGAUGAUUUUAACAUUCCCCAUGUCGAUGUCAGUUGAGAUUAUUCUUCUCAUAAAUUUUAUACUCGUCUUAGUGAUACUAAAGUAGACCUAUUGAGGCUACUGUUAGACUUCGAGCCUGGCCUGGAGGUUGGGCAAGGUCUGACUGAAUUUUAGUCACAGAAGCUACAGAUUAUAAUUCAGAACUUAAUAAAUUUUAUAGUAAAACAACCUAAAUCUGUUCCACAGUUCUUUUUUAAAUGUAUAAUAGUCAAUAAUAACUAUUUAGCCUGAGAUUUUGUACUUGGUUUUAGCAGUUUCUUAUAUAAAUGACCUAAAAUUACUAAAAUUGCUUUCAGAGGUUUAAUUGCAAUCAAAACCUCAGCAAACAAUACAUUUUCUGAAAGAUAAAUGAAUUGGCUACAACAUUUAGAUUUGUGUUUUAAGUGUAUCUAUAAAAAUUAAUGAUGUUAUGAGCACUUGAAAGCAAGACAUUUUGUUGAAUUUUUUUUUCUUGAGAACUUCAAGGUCAAGGAUACUGAGCAAAAUUUUUUUACAGGGUGGCCAACGUUAUCCCCAUCCAUUUACCUUUCUAAAAAUAUACUUAUAGGGGUCUUCUAUCAAUAUUUCUAUUUCAUUUAAUGCAAUUUCAAAUGGCACUCAAAAGGCUCCAAAAAGCUCCACACCACAGAGUGAUACAUGCCACAGUUCGUGGGUUAAGGGAAUGGCCACCAAAUUGAAGUUGGGAAAAUGUGAGCCACACACGGUUUUUCAAUUUGUUUUUAUAAUGUCAGAGAUUUUUUGCUUUUUAUUAUUUUUUUUAUAAUUUCAAUUAAUACGACAACUUAUAAAUGAAAUUUUAAAAACGAUAAAUAGGAAAAUAAUAGAAGAAAAUAGAAGAUAAAGAAACAAAGUUGAUUGGACAGGGAGUCGAACAUUGGUAAAAAGUGUGACAGGCUCAUUAUUCUACCAAUACAUAGCACUGUGUUAAAUUAAUUUAGAAUUUAACUUUUGUCUGAUCAAACACUAGCCUUGUUGGUAUAUACUUGGUAUAUGCAUGAUGGUAGUAAUGCAAAUAAUUAAAUUCCAAUAUACAUCAAAUACAUAACUAUAUUUAUUACAAUCAUCGCUGUUUGGAAUAAUUUCUUAGCUUAAAGCUGGCUUACCCAAUAAAUUCCCUUUAGCAGUAAUGGUGACACUGUUCUGGGUAAAUAGUUCAUUCAAGUUGUGUCAUUAAUUUUUUUUAAAACAACCCAUAUGUGAACAGAUUUUAUAGAUUUUCCAGUACCGGCUCAUAAAUGGAUGCACAUAUCUUUGAAGAAUAAUACUAAAAAGUAUUUCACAAUUAAGUUUAAGUUACAGUGAUUAAAUUAGCAUAUUUAAUAGAGAUCAGACACAGACAUUGUUGAAACUUUUAACUAAAAACUGUCACUCUAUCAUUUUAAUUUUCAACCAUUUUGAGGGAGAAAAAAUUUAUUAAUUUUGGAACUUAGGAGCAUUAAAAAAAAAUUUAUUUUGAAAUAAUCCAUUGCUAAUUUUUAAUUUUAUUUUGCUACAUUUAAAUGUUUUAACUAAAUAAAAAAGAAAUCACUUCCCUCAUGAAUCUCGUAUCAAUAUAUUCAUAUACACAGGAAGAUGUUGUUGCAGAGGCAAGACAAGUUGAGAGUGAGGCUGCCAGUUAUUUGGACCAGAUUUCUCGUUAUUACCUUCAGAGAGCACGCAUUAUCUCCAAGAUUGCUAAAUACCCUCAUAUUGUAAGAAUUUGGCAGCAGUCAUUUGAACAUUACUUUAUAAUUACUGUUAUAAUUUUAUGAUGCAGAUAAAAUACAAAAGCAUGUUGUUUGCUCAAAAUGUAAAUACAUAAAUUUCUCUGGUAUUUUUUGUGAUUCUAAGAUAUGAGGUAAAAUUUUAUUAUCAAAGUCUACAUUACUUUCCAACUAAAUAUUCUUGUAUUACUUAUAAUGAGAUAGUUUAGGAAAUACAUUGAAAUUAGUUCAGAAAUUUUUUGAAAUUAGUUGUUGCCUCAUAUCAUAUUAAGUAUUAAGGAUAACAUACAUUUUUCAAGGCUGUGUUUUUUUUUUGGACAAUCUUUAGUGUCCUGCCCUACACUCUCAGGGUAUCUAAAUAUCCAUGGAUGGUAAGAGGAUAGGUAUCCAGACCUUAACAUGAGGUCAAGAAGUUUUACAACAGCUCAAAUGGACAUUUUAUCCAUCAGACAUUGAUUCUAUUCUGACCGGUUAUCUGGUUAACUCAGCUUACAGUUUUGAUUUAUGUAAUCCAGUUUUUCAAAAAUGUGAUUCUGCAUUCGCUCUAUCAUUAUUCUUAUGAUCUAAACAAACUAUAGGAAGACUACAGACAGUCCAUUAAAGAAUUCGAUGAAAGGCAGAUGUUGAAUCUUCAAAAUGCUAUUUUGGAAAUGCGCAAUCAUUAUGUAAGUUUUAUUAGCAGUGUGCUGUGCUUAAUCAUUUGGACACUUUUACUUUUUUGUUAGACCUUUACAAUAUUACAACGAUUCAGAUUUUUUUUUUUAAACUCAUGAUUAAAUAGUCUCUGCAAAUGGCAGUUGCAUGUUAAACCUGUGAUAAGAAAUUCCCCUGACUACUUUUAUUUUUAUUUAUAAUGUCUUUGAUUUUUUACAUUUUACGAACAUUUGAUAACUUCUGAUCUCUUACAGGCUUCACUUCAUGAUAUCAUCAUGAAAAAUAUCGACAAAAUCAAAGUACCAAGAUCAGCAAAUGCCCAGAACAUGUACUAAAGGAUCACCAACAGUCUGGACAGGCCCUUUUGUUUUUGUUGUUUUGUAAAGGUCAGCAAGUACAAGCACAGUACUUUGGUGGAACACACAGGCGUCAAUAAAUGAAUUUUUAUGUGAGGGCUUGGGGUUUCAAUAAUGAGUGCAUUGAAUGGAUCUAGAAGGGGAGGAUAAAACGACCAUGGUCCACAGUGUUAUCGUUUUGUACAUGAGACAUGCAUUUACAUUUUCAUUUAUUAGCUUUGUGCGGCUAUAUCUUAACAAUUGGUGGUUUAGGGUUGUUUUAUUUGAAAGCUGUGAAAUAAAUUUUCACAUUUACCCUAAAGAUAUCAAAUAUUAAAAAAGGGUUUAAUUCUAUCUUGUUUUAACUUUUUUUUAUAUAUUUCAGUGAGUUAUCUUUUUUUUUUUUUUUUUAAAUUAAUACUUUAAAAUAUAUUUUUUUAAAUUAAUUUUUUUUGUAAUUUUUAAUAAUAGGAAAUAUUUUGAAAAAAUAUGUGGUCCUCUGGUUAAUAAAAUAUUAAAAAAGGGUUUAUUUUUAUUUUGUUUUAACUUUUUUUUAUUUUUUUCAUUGUUUUUUUUUUUUUUUUUUUUUUUUAAAUUAAUACUUUAAAAUAUAUUUUUUUAAAUUAAUUUUUCUUGUAACUUGUAAUAAUAGGAAAUAGUCUGAAAAAGUAUGUGGUCCUCUGGUUACUCUAGCUUUCUGGAAUAUUUGUUAACAUAUUUUUUUUUAAAAAUUUCUCAAAUAUUUUUGUUUUUACUUCGAAUCCUUGAGCAAUUAUAUUAUUGUUAAAUCCUGUUAUUCUUUAAAAUUUAAAACCAUGUCUGUGGUUGAUUUUAUUUUGUUUUUACCCCACCAUUUGAUGAAUUAAAGACGAGAUAUUCUGAAACAACAAAUAACUGUUUUAACUGUCAUUACACCAGUUUCUAUAUUUUUAUAACCAAUGUAAACACUCGGGUACGUUCAUGUUUAAAUUAUCUAUAGACCAUCAAACCUGUUAAAUAUAUUGUCGCCAGUAUAUAAAUGUUAACAAAUAAAAAAGAUACAAAUACAAUCUUCGUGCC